UCUGGAGGCGGGGGCUCUGAGCUUGGCCCCGGGCUCUCUGGGGCAGUCCCGGCUGCAGCGCGGUGGUCAGCAUGUCCGAAAGUGGGGAGACGCAUGAGGACUCUGGGGGAGAGGGCUUUGCCGCCGCCGGCUCCUUCAGCUUCAGCUCGGAACCCACGCUCGAGGACAUCCGCCGCCUCCAUGCCGAGUUUGCUGCUGAACGAGACUGGGACCAGUUCCAUCAGCCUCGGAACCUCCUCCUGGCCUUGGUGGGAGAAGUGGGAGAACUGGCAGAGCUCUUUCAGUGGAAGCCCGAUGAGGAGCCGGGGCCCCAAGCCUGGUCCCCCAGGGAACGAGCAGCGCUUCAAGAGGAGCUGAGCGAUGUCCUCAUCUACCUGGUAGCAUUAGCAGCCCGCUGCCGGGUGGAUCUGCCCCAAGCUGUGCUUUCGAAGAUGGACACUAACCGGCGACGCUACCCAGCACAUCUGUCGCGCGGCUCGGCCCGAAAGUAUACAGACCUGCCCCGUGGGGCCACCUCAGACCAGGCUGUGACGCCUGCAGACCUCGCCUGUGAGUCCACAGGUCAGGCCUCAAUCUAGAAACACGGGCACAGACCCUGCAAUCAGCAAUAGCAUCUAACGAGCAAAGGGUGCCGGGCCAUGAGACCUCAUUCUAGUCCUUUUUUAACAGAUCACGGGCCUGAGGGGCUGCCCUCCUUGAGGUCUGAGGCCCAAGGACCUCCAGAGGAUAGCCUCCUGGUAUUUUCUCCCUCAAUAAAAGUUUUGGUUAGCAA